AUGGCGCCGGCUAAAGCUUUUACGCUGAGCGGCCUGCAGCAGAAAAUCGCCUAUGGCGAGCACAGCGAGCCUACUGAGCAGGCUCUCCUUGAUGUCCUCAGAAAUGCCGUUGCCACGCUUGACGAUUCGGGUGUCUUGGGCAAGAAUGACAUGGCCAGCACCAAUGCAACUGAGACACCAGAGCACUUUCCAAUGGGACGCUCCCUCACCUACGCCCUGCCUAGAUCUGGUAAUUUUGCGACCAACGAGGAAAAGAUCAGGCGCAUCCUAGAAGCGGAACAAGAUCUAGCAAACCACGCGUUAGCGAUGAUCACCAACGACAACAUAGAGGCUUUCAAGAAGGCGAUCGGCAUCCCUAGCAACGACACUGCCGAGCAGAAGUUCCGCAAGCAAGCACUCAAGCGUGUGGCCUUCCGACAACUACUUACAGAGUCAACCGACGCGAAGAUUCGCGGAGAAGGUCUCGUGCAGAUCGCCGAGCACCACAGGAAGCAGCUAUCGACCAAGAAGUUGGACAGGAUCUGGAUGCUGCUCUACACUCUCAGAAUGCUCCACGAGCACACGUUCAACCCUCAGAGGCGCAAGAUGAACAACAACCUUCUGCUUGAAGAGCUUUUCGAGGUCAGCACAGCUCUGAAUGAAGUAGAAUUCGAGGUGAUCAAGGACUUUACGAUGUAUCCUGUGGACGGACUGAAGGAGUGGUUCAAAUCGAGGGCACAAAGGCUUGCGAUUGCCUUUAUGUGCGAAGAUCUUCAGACGCCGAGCCACGUGGGAGAGCAACUUAGGCUUCUUCAGGCGUUGAAGAAGCUGACGCGUGCCAAGCACCCGCAGCCGGACUGGUGGCCGUUGCCGCUCAAGGAGGUCGCGCAGAACAUCUGGGGCACCAGCAUUAUGUAG